CCUAUGUCCAUGGUCACAGCUGAAUUUUCCCAUCAUGAAGCGACUUCUGUUAUUGAUUUGUCAGAAUUCAUGUCAUCAUCCAAUCCGUUUCAUGUUGGCGCUAUUCAAUUAAGUUUCCAUAACCUACUUAUACAAAUGAUUUAAUUUUUAAAUUUACAAAAAGGAAUACAAAAUGUUUCGAGAUUCUGUGAAAAUUAUUGUUGAGGAUGCAUCAGCACAGUUUGCAGCUUAUACUGCAUGUAUUAUAAUGGAGGAUUUGCUAGAAAAACUAAAACUUCUAAGCUACGAUACCGAAUUUCUACAAAAACUAAACGUGAAAGGCAUUAAUAGACAUUAUUUCGCCAUACCAACGAAUCCUGGAGAGCAAUUCUACAUGUUUACUUCAUUAGCUGCAUGGCUGAUAAGAAAAAGUGGAAGGAAUUUUGAACUACCCCAAGAAUCAGAUGAUCCCAAUUCCACAAUAUCAGGAAUUUUGGAAUACCUAAGAGAAAUUAAUGUACCCAUAGAAUUUCCCCCUAAUAAAUUAAAACAAGGAGUUGGCGAACACGCCGUUUACGUCCUAGAUAAUUUGGCAGCUUGUGGACUAAAAGCUUCCAGGUUUAAGUGGAAAAAGUACAUUUUUUACUUUGGAGUAUAUAUUUCACACGAUGAGCCUACUCCUGAACCUGAAGACGAGGACGUGGAUGAGGAAUUAAUUUUAGAGAAAAUGGAUGAAGAAAUUUUAGCUGCCUAUGAAGAAGAGCAGGAUAUUGUACAUGUGGAUGAUAUUACUAAGUUGUAUGGAGAGAAUUUGGAUGAAAUUCAUAAUCCUGCUCAUAUUUUGGAAUCAAAGACAGAUGCUGAGGAAUGGAAAUUUGAAUUAGAAAGAGUUUUGUCAGAGUUGAAAGUUACUGUUAGAACAGACUGCAGAGACUGGAGGUCGCAUGUUGAAGAAAUGAAGCAGCUGCGAACUGCCAUAGAGCAAAAUUUGAGUGGCACGACAGGGUUGUUAGAAAAACUACAAUUAGAUAUUAGGAGUACACUCGACAAAAUAAACACCCGAGAAAAUUAUCUUAAUCAAGAAUUGGAACCCUACUUAGAUGAUUACAAGUCAUUGCAGGAGGAGUUAUCUAAAAUAAAAGAACAAUACAGAGAUACAAGUGGAGGAGUUACAGAAAGAACAAGAAUGUUACAUAAACUCUCUGAAGAGCUGGAUCGAAUCAAGAGAGAAAUGGAUGAAAGAGGAUCCAGUAUGACUGAUGGAACUCCUCUUAUAAAUAUUAAGAAAGUAAUCACAAAGAUGAAGAGUGAAAUUUCGGAAAUGAACAUUAGAAUAGGUGUUUUGGAAUAUAGUUUAAUGUGCUCGAGGGUUCGAGAUCGAACGCAACUGCAGAAUGAUAUGAACAGCACGAGUAAUACAAACGAUUCUUUAUUGAUAUAGUGACAAUCAUCUAUAAUAAGGACUCGCUUAUAAGUAACUUGAGUGCAAUCCGUCCAAGAAAACCUUGGUUAGUCUACCAAAGUACAAUGUGACGCAUGUAUUUGACAAAACUUUCUUAAUACCUACUGACUAGGAGAAAGAUGUAUUUACUAAAAAAUUUAAUAAAAUUAAUGAAGGCUA